AUGGAGAAUCAAAGACCAGCUCCAGCCAGAAAGACACUUGGAGACUAUGCUAUGCAGCAAGGGCCAAGAUAUUUUUCUAACAUAGCAAUACCACCCACCACCAAAACUUUGGAGAUGAAGCCAGCCUUCCUCAGCUUGAUCAGUUCUCAUCAAUUCACUGGAAUGGAUAAUGAAGAUCCAUAUACUCACCUUUCUACAUUCUAUGAAUUGAUAGGAACCAUGGGCUUUCAAGAAGGAGAUCUUGAGCAUGUAUACAUGCGUUUGUUUCCUUUUUGUUUUGCAGGAAAAGCAAAGGAAUGGCUUAAGUCACAUCCAAAUCAGAGUUUGAACAGUUGGAAGGAUGUUGAGGAGAAAUUCUUGAACAGAUUCUUUCCACCAUCUCGCUACAUCAAAGCCAAAGCUGAUAUUUCAACGUUUAGGCAAGGACCAGAUGAGCCAUUCUGUGAAGCUUGGGAGUGGUUCAAUUCCUUAUUGAGGAAAUGCCCAAAUCACGAAUUUGAAGAUAUUGCUCAGCUGAACAUAUUUUGCAAUGGUAUGAGGCCUGACACCAAAAUGAUAUUGGAUGCAGCAAUAGGUGGAACAAUGAUGAGUGUAGAUGCGGAGCAAGCAACAAGAAUCAUUGAGGCAUUAGCAUCCACAGAUCAUCAAGCUCAGCAUAAUAGGCAAACUGUUCAAAGGAAAGGAGUGCUUGAUCUUAGUACUACAGAUGCAAUCUUAGCUCAGCAUAAAAUUCCGACUCAACAGAUUGAAGCACUGACGAAGCAGAUGUCUAAAUUACCAGAGCAGUUGCAAGUUGUGCAAUCCUCUCCCAGUCAACAACCCAUGAGAUGUGACUUCUGUGGAGGCGAUCAUCCAAAUGGUCAUUGUUCUUAUGAGAGUAGCUCACAAGGAGAAGUUCAAUAUGUGAGCAACCAAGGAAGACCAGGAAAUUUCUCCAACAAUAACAACUUUUCACAGGGGUGGAGAAACAAUCCAAAUCAGAAUUUUGGAUGGAAGCAAGAUGUUGGUCCUUCAAAGAGACAACCUCCUUAUCAACAGCAGCAACAACAUUAUCCUUCUGUGCAUGACAGAACAACUAAACUGGAGGAUACUCUAGAAAGUUUAUGCAAGCUUCUUUGA